UUCUAAGGUUCUGGUUAUUUUGAAAUUCACAGCACCAAGAAGUAUCAAAGGCUGCAACGAGGAACCGAAUAUUGGCUACACCAAAAGAAGCAAACAUCUCCUACCUAUUAUUUGCUAAUGAAAAGGAAAAGUACACUGAGAAGAAAAAGAGGUUGGGAGAAAUUAAGGGAAGUAUAUAUGUCUAUAUAUAUAAUAUAAUGGUUUGGGAAAGAAACUCAGGGAGGAGGGGGGGACCAAUUCUGAAAGUAAAAUAACUGCAAAAAAAGCCACAGGCUAUAUUGUAAUCAAUACUUAAACUUUACUUAAGGAAUUUUAGUUCAUGAUUUGUUUAUUAUCACUCUUAGCAAAUUGCGCGAACUUUGGUUUCUUCUACUGGCAUAAGUCACAACUCACAAGUAAUGUCCUCUGCACUUCAUCACAUCCAGUUUUUGUUUAAACUUGAACAAUUACAUAGUUCUUUACAAAAAACAAAAGUUAGAACUAAUAGAAAGAUUUCUGGUGUGCCGGUAUUCAAGCUGCAGGCCUUAAAGAGAAGGGAAGACGGUCCUUUAAAGGGAUUAAUAAGAAGGUGCAUCUCAGCUUAUGAUAAACACCAGUUUCGAAGUUGUGAACUUGCAGAAAAUCAUGGUAAUAAGUCAGUAAAGGGUGAUGAGGCAGAGAAGAAAGAGCUUGUAAAUAUAGUACAAAACUCUCAGUUACAGGACAUCAGUGGCGAUGACAGUAAUGGAAAUAGCAGCAGGGGCAAUGGCAACAACAAUGGAAAUGGAGGAAAACACGGGGGUGAUGAAGGCCAAGAAUGCAAUGAUCAAGAUAAGUUUCCAGGAGUCGAGUGGUGGUUGUGGUGGAAGUGGCAACAAGCCUGCAGUAAAACAGGAUAUGACAGUACUCGAUCCAACAUGUGGGCGGUGGAUGCAGCAAUCCAAGCAGUAGCCAAUGAGGUGUUGGAACCAGCAGUUCAAGCUAUAGUACUGAAACCAAUCAAGCAGCAUGUCAAUAUAGAUAGGUUUGUUUUGGUACUAGUGUUUGUAGCCUUGUUGAUUUCAACCAUACAAAUGGUUGCAGGACUUGCAGUAGUGUCUACAACGAUUUCAUUUGCAGGUCUAGCAGUAAUUGCCUUGGCAAUUACAUGGCGGCCUUGGAAAAAGGAGGGGUAGACUAAGCUAGUAUUUCUUAUCACAGGUAACUUUGUUGAAUAUACCAUCAAGAAAUUGGUGUAAAGUAGAACCUUCAUAUCCAAUGCGAAUUAUAAAUCAGACAUUUUGCCUUCUCUAUUCGUGAUGACGUCUCAAUCCGUAAAC